CCCCAUAUGCCUCAUGUCAUUUCCGCUUCCUUCAUAUAUAGCGAUAUAAGGGUGUAGUAAACGGCUUGACUGAGCGUGCUUCAUGUUUCGUGUCUUAAGGACUUAAAGAAUGCGUUACGUGGCCGCUUACUUGCUUGCCGCACUUGGCGGUAAAGAGAACCCAAAUUCUGCAGAUAUAGAGAAAAUUCUUAGUUCUGUUGGCAUCGAAGCAGAUUCAGAGAAACUGAAAAAAGUUAUCAGUGAAUUGAAUGGCAAGAACAUUGAAGAGCUGAUUGCUGCUGGUCGGGAAAAGCUUGCAACGGUGCCUGCAGGGGGAGGUGCUGCAGCACCCGCUGCAGGAGGUGGGCCUGCUGUUCCUGCUGCAGCAGCUGCUGUACCUGAGAAAGAGGAGAAGAAGGUUGAAAAGAAGGUCGAAUCUGACUCCGAAGAUGAUGAUAUGGGCUUUGGUCUCUUCGAUUAAACUCCAGUACAUUCUUAUUUGUUGACUGGAAUUUCCACAUGAGGCGAGUGUCUUUGGAAUAUUAUCUGUAAUUUCAAUUAUGGUUUAACAUUGUCAAUAAAGAAUAAAUGAAAUUUUGAUGUG